GAUUUUUGUCUGUCUCUGACUGUCUUCAAAAAGGACUUUUGUGGUUUGUUGUUGCAGACGCAGUCGAGUGCGGCUCCUCAGCCCGUGGAGGUGUGCGUGCGUUGUCUCAGGGCCACCAGAGACAAACUUCCCAGGGGCCUUUACAGUGUCAGCGUGGCCCUUCACAGCCGUCUCGGGGGUCCGCCUCUCGCCUGGAAUUGUGAGAGAGGGCGGCGAGAGGGGAUGGCAGCCACUGACCCCGUUGAACACCAGGGCGGCUUCUACGACACCACCCUGCACAUCAACCAGAAUCUCUUCAUGAUCUUGCCCCCCGCCUGUGAGAUUCUCCCUCACAUGGUCCUCAUCUUCCGACUGACGGCCUCGCCGGGACAAAGCGGCUACAUGAAGUCCGUUCCGGCUUGGGGGGCGUUUCCCAUCUGCGGACCGAGCCUCGGCCUGCUUCACGGCAGGUACAAAACUCCACUGCUCAGAGGGGAGCCCAGCACGCAAGUGGACCAGUUUCGGCAAAUCGAAGCACUCAUCUCCUCCGAUCUGGAUAACUGGCUGUGCAAUCUGUACUUCCAGAUAAGGAAACUCACAUUCGGUGCAUCCGGGUCACCGGAGUGCCCCGUCGGCCGACGGGCGCCGCCUUUACGCACCCCUGCGUCGCUCCAACCCGCCGUCCGGCGCGGCCGACCGCCGGGCCGUCGGGCUCCCUCUGGCUCCAAACCCGAUCCACAGCCGGCGCAUCCGCAGUUGAACCCGCUCGGCGUCGGCCCCAGCGGUGGGGCGGCAGAACGCGCCGGGAUGCGCUCCCCCCGGGGCUCUCCCCCCCAGCACCUGUCGGCGGAUUCCGCUUGCUCUUCCUCAUCUCUGCCAGGGAAGGCUCCUUGUCCAGGAGACAUUUCUGGCCAGGUGGGAGCAAAGAGUCAACCAGGGAGGGAGAAGGAAGGGGCUGGCCCCCACUGGAAGAAGAAGCCAAUCAAGAAGACAAAUAGCCCCCUCCCCACCGUGAGCGGCACGGUGAAGCGCCAGACGCAGCCUUCAGUGCACAACCUCGACAUGGAGGAGCUGGAGGAGCACACCUUCUCCCUGCUGCCCGUCCAGAACUCGGUGCCUUCUGCUCAGCUGUUGAAGCCAGGCCACUUGGUCCUUCGCAUGCUGCCAUCCGAGCUGGGCCUUGCGUUGCUGCGGCAACAGCUCCACCACCACCGCCGCCGCCGCCACCAACAACAACCAUGUGGUUGCCGGCGGGUCUGCGCUUUGCAGCUCAGCCUCAUUAUGCUGCUGCUGGCUUUGAUGUGGUUUGUGAGGCUCUACCUGCAUUACUGCAGCCAGUGGCUCUACCUCCAGGCCAUUGCAGUUCCUGUCAACAAAUUCCGAUUCCACGCUUACACGGUGGACCUGGUGUACCAGAGUUCUUUGCUUCACACCCGCGAGGAGCUGGUCAUGGUGGUGGUGGGUCCCCUGACCUUGAACGCAGUCACGUUCCUGCUGGUUCUGAUCAGAUGUGGCUGUCAACGGCUAUUUGGCUCACUCCCUUCCUUCACGUCAAAGUUGAUCAUGGCUCAGGGAGUGUGGACAGUCCUGCACCCCCUGGCAGUCCUUGCUGUGGACGCCGUCCUCGGGCAUCUAUCCUACGAGCCGGACAGACCGGUGGGGGACGCCGCCAAGCUAUUCUGGCACUUCCAAAGAGUGGAGCGAUCGGGUGCGGCCGGGGUGGCCGUCACCGUCUUCCUUUACGCAGUCAUCUUUCUGCUGUCGCUCACCGUCCUUGGCGUUUAUCUGCUCAGAUUUCACAACAAUGGCCGCAUGCUGGACAUCUUCCAGAGGCUCACCGCCAAGGAGGGAGCUUACUUCCUACCUGGGGACUUGGAGCUGUCCAAUCAGGAGCUGAGCUACAUCGUCAAGAAGGCCGAGCAAUGGAGGGGCUUUCACGGCGAGAGGCGCAAGGUGGCAGUCUAUGAGCAUACGUGGACAGCAAAGAAACCGUCCGGCGCUGGGGCAACCCCCGCGGACGAGCGGCAUCGGGAGCCCUCCCCCUUGCCACUGGGAGAGACCAGCACCCACGUGGCCAUCCACACGCUCUACGUCAGCGGGCUCAAGCAAAGAUACCGCCAUUUCCUCCGCCGGCCGGACGGGGCCAUCGUUGAGGUGAUCGGUGACCUGGAGGGCUUGGACCGCGCAACCGGAGCGGCGCCUCCUGCAGGCCAGCGAUCAGAGCCUUGGACGGUGGAGCGGGAGAGCUCGGGCGUCGCCCGCAAGCUACGGAAGAGAAAGAAGCUUUUUGGACGGUGUCCUCGGGUUGAGCCAGUAGGAGGAAGCAGGUGCGAGACCUCAACCAAUGAGAGCGAAGCGAGGGCUUUGAACACCAAACUGUUGUCUUGUCACUUUCGCAACUGUCAUUUUGGCUCGGGGGUUUGAGGUCGACGUUGAGCUUCAUCCGUCUUUUAGCCAAUCCUCCAUGAAGCGUCUCCAGUUGGUCCCGAAUGCUGCUGCUGCCGCUCACCUCUUGGCUGUUACUCGCAUCACUCCUGCUCUGGCGCCCCUUGACCAGCCCAUUUCAGAGUUCCUUUGCUGGAAAGCCUCUGAUUGGUUUUCCAAUCUUGAAAGUGAGUGAACGGAAGCCUGUCACUUAUUUCAAUAUAGUCACGGUAAAUAGUAGCGGGAGCUCCGCCGAGGGCUCCUACCGAUUCCGUCACACCGAAAGAUGGUUCGGAAACUCUGGUUACACUUUUGUCAUGCAUUCGAGCGGAUGGAAACGGUCGAUCGGCACGUACUGUGAGAUAACAUCGAAGCCACGUUGAAAGUAGAGACUUUGACGUCGGCACAAAAGUAAUUCAGCCGAGGGAGAGCCGACGUCAAAGUUUCUCAUCUCAAAUUCGGUGAUAAAAUAUCCAUAUUGGCCGCCCAUUAGAAGGGAUAAUAUUCCAGCCAGCUUGACGUGGAUUGAAUACGCGUCUGCUCGUCGCUGCCCAGCGUAAUGAAGCGGUUCACAAAUCAAGCGAUAACGGCCGCCGACUUACGCCUAUUGCUUCAUUAGAGGCUGGGAGCUUAUUAGCAUGUGUGGAUGACGGGCGUCCAUCCGGGGCGGAUGUCAUUGAAGGGGACGCCCUUGAAACGAAAAUGGGGGCAGAAUAAGCUCAAAGUAGGGGUUGAAAAUAGGCUCAAGGUUUUAAAGUAGGGAGACGGUUUCGAAGCGACUCUCUUUAUCAUUACAUUGAUGUAUUUAUUCCAUGCAUUUUGCUCUUCAAUCGUAUUUUUUUUUCCACCGCAUGUGCAUUUGAAUUUGGAUGAAGUGGUGGAAUUCAAUUUCCAAUGUGAGCAACGUAUUCGGAUUUCCGUCAAAGAGGCAGUGCACCGUUGCUCAUGGCUUUCAGGGGCAAGGUUGAGCAAGUUUCAUGAGCGCAUCACUUUAAUUGGGGGGUGGGGGGGGUGUUCAUGUUCAUUUUCAAUAAAGCCUAGAAACUUUUCUUCUGA